UCGGGGAACAUUCAUACCUGCUGGAUUUCCUUCUGGUUGUGCAAGUGUGUGGGAGGUGAAGGGUGUUUUAGUCCCUUCUUCUCCUUCUUGAGCUGGCGUCUUCAGCUCUGGGCUGUUCUGGUAAAGCCCCUGCCUCUCCUCAGUGGGCUCCUGUAGCCUGCUGAAGAGGGCCCACGGGGCAGGCUCUGUGGCGUAGGAUUUAAAAGACCCGCCUGGUGCAUUGGCCUGCGUCUUUGGCCUGCUGAUCUGGCCACUUAUAACAGGUGAAUUCUGCCACGUCUCCUUAAGAGAACAGGUAGAGGAAGGCAGGUCAAGGAGAGAGAGGAGGGGAAGGAUUCUUGGUUGACCGAACAGGCCCUGCCCCUCUCCUUCUGCACAAUGAUGGACCUGUGAUCACCAGAAUUUUCUGUAGCAAGAACUGUAGCCUGAGACUGUCCAUAUCCUCCCUGUGUGUAUUUAAUGUUUCUUUGUCUGAAUAAGAGAAGAAUGUAAAGACACGAGUAAUUUGAGACCUCAAGAAAUGCAAGGAAGGCUGAAAACAGCCCAGGGGAGCAGGCAGAAAAGGAGGACCAGAACCUUCUCCUGGCAGCUGCCUAUGUUUCUGAUGCCCAGUACAACAGAAAUGUUCCAUUUGAAACGUCUCCUCGGGCCAUCAGACUUUACUAUUUUUAUAACCACUGGACAAUGCAAGUAGCCAUCUACUUCUUUAUUUGUGUCGACCUCUCUCUCGCCCUGUUUGAAGAACCGGCACUGUUUCCCCUGCCUUUCUUGGCUACCUCGUUAGCAGAAGUACUCUGUCUGACUGCAUUCUUUGGGAGACUUGUACAUUUUGCAAAAGUCACUCCUCAAAUGGUUUUCUGGAAGGAUAUGAAAAACAUCUGCAUCAUGGUAACCAUCGUGCUGACCUUGAUUGAUCUGAUUAUCUAUGGGUCCCUGGAAGCUGUGAACGUCCACAGCGUUCGAUGGUCAAGGGCCUUAAGACCAGUCUUCCUAAUUAACUUCCCUGAAAGUCGUCAGAUCCGAAGAACUUUCAGAAGCAUCCGGAACACUCUGCCCGAUAUUCUCUACGUCUUCCUUCUGUUUAUGUUCAGUGUGCUGAUAUUCUCCCUUAUGGCCUUGAAGCUUUUUGGGGAUAGGGGUCUUAAAACAGUGGAAGGAUUGCCCUACUUCACAAAUAUCCUGGACAUAGUGUUUGAGCUCUACGUGCUGGUCACUACCGCGAACAGCCCCGAUGUCAUGAUGCCUGCCUAUAACUUCAACUGGUGGUACUGUCUGUACUUUAUAACCUACACCAUCAUCAAUACCUACAUCUUCAUGUCCGUCUUUCUGGCCGUGGUCUACAACAAUUAUAGGAAGCACUUAAAGAAUGAGAUUCGCAAACUGGCGUACCUGAAACGUCACAAAAUGAUAGAGGCGUUCAACAUUCUGAAAGUCAAGGUGGGCACAGAGUUUGUGGUCACGGAGGCCCAGUGGAGGCGGCUGGCCAAGGUCGUGGCACCACACAUCAGCAGUCCCCACCUGGAGCUCCUCUUGAGGAUCUCCGACGAGGGACAGAAGGGGCACGUGGACAAAGUGAGCUUUCUACGCUUGGCCGAUCUCCUCAACAUUCAGGUGGUCACCAUCAACAUCAGGAGACACCCACUGGAAGACUGGAUGCCUCGGGUAUACCGGUCAUCUGCAAGCCUCUUGGUCCAGAGGAUGGUUCGGCACAGGAUUUUUGUCUGGGUUUAUGAUGUCAUCAUUCUAAUAAAUGCCAUAUUCAUUGCUCUGGAUGAGAGAAACCCCUUCAUUUCCUACGCAGAAUGGCUUUUCCUUUCUCUCUACAUUAUUGAAAUUCUCCUGAAACUGUACACAUACGAGCCCAGAGCCUAUUUUGGCAGAAGGCAGUUCUGGAACUGGUUUGAUACGCUGAUCAUCAUCGCGGCCUUGGUGGCCACUGUGGCCAACACCACCAUUCAGUCAGCAAGAAAAUACAACAGUCAGCAGAUACUGGAUAUUGUGCUGAUCUUGAGGAUACUCCGGCUCUUAAGGAUCAUUGUCAGCAUUCAGAGGUUCCGGGUCAUCGUGACGACCUUAAUUAACAUUGGGCCCACGAUACUGACGUUCGGGGGACUCGUCUUGGUGGUCUACUACGUGUUCGCUAUCAUCGGGAUGGAAGCAUUCCAUGGCAAAGUCCGGUUCUCUGACCCGAAUUUCACCAGUCCUGAUGCUCUGGUGUGUGGGAACCCAGCCUUGAAAGAUUCAGCAUUUGCCCGAGACAGGUACUGCAAGAACAACUUCAACGACCUGGCCUCCUCGUUCAUCGUGCUGAUGGAGCUCACGGUGGUUAACCACCUCCCACUCCUCGCGGGUGGCUUUGCCCUCGUGACUCACCAGGCGGCAAAGCUGUACUUCAUCGGCUUCCACAUCGUGGUCGUCAUUCUCAUCGUUAAUAUUUUCAUAGCAUUCAUCUUGGAGGCAUUUUUUGUGGCAUAUUCCUUAGAGAAAAGUGAAGUAGAAACUGCUAUCGAGAAGAAGAUUCAAGAGCUCGGAGUGGGAAUCCAAGAAGAAGAAAUGCAGGACGGGAUGCUCGUUGAUAACGUGGAUGCUAAGGACAGUGGCUUUAGUGGGGACGAUGGAGACAACAAAAGGAAGGACCUGAAAGGCUUGUACUUCAGAAUUGCAUCCAAAAAGUACAGGACCGUGGACGCCUUGCUGCAGCAGAUGUUUGAGUCUGAAAUUGCCCCAGAGGAGGAAGGCCCUUCCUUGGAUGAGAUUCUGAACUUUUCACCCGGUGACCUGUAUCCCAAGAAUCCCAAUUUCGAAAACAGUGCGUGAUCCUGGACCUUUAAGGGUGCACACGUGGAAACCAAGCUAGGCGGCCAUCCCUUCUGGCUUAUUCUAUCUAGAGGUGAUUUUCCCAGCCCAGGUCGCUCUGUGCUGUGACCAGCCUGCGCAUCGG